AUGAAGCUAUUUGGGCAGGAGUCGACGUAUCUGUAUGGAAGGAUACUGAACAGAAAGUUUAUCGCUCCUUCUGGAUCUUAUGAGAUUGAGCCGUUGAACAUGGCCAGCGGGAUGCAUCCUGUUAGAUACAACGGGAAGAUAGAAGUGUUCUAUGUGUCUCCGAUAUUCAACAGCUAUCUUGUUUCCCGUGAGGAAAAUGUCAAUGUGCUGUUUUCUGUCGACGGGAAGGUGACCAUCACGAACGACGAGGUUGACAAGGAUGUGCUGUACACUUUCCGGGUUGUUAGGGAGACCGAUGACCUCAGGGUGGCGGAGAUAUACAAGUUUGACACGUUUUACCCUGGGUUUAAGACAACUGGCGAGGUCAAGUGGAAGAAAGACAAUGAUGGGCGUAUGGUUUAUAAUGUAGAGACUCGAUAUGGGUCUGGGACUCUGCUAUUACAGAACAACGAUGUGAAGGGUGUUGUGAGUGUUGUUCUAUACAAGAAGGACAAGCAGCUUCACUUUGUGCAAGUUGACGAUCCAGUGAGUGGUGUUCUAAAGAUGACCGUUGUUUCUGCGGUGUCUGGAAAUAGCUAUGGGGUUAGAAAUGGAAAUAUCAGGGGGUUUCUUGUUGCAAGUAACGGAUACAAAGCUGGAGACACUGUGGAAUGCGUGGUCAGGAGGGUUGGCUUGGGAAACUAUAUGUUUGCAGAAUAUGCUGAACUAAAAAUUGGGUCUACCAUUGAGGCUAGGGUCAAGGAUUAUGGGAGAGACAGGAUAUACCUUGAGUAUGAGGGCCACGAAGGAUACAUGAUGAUGUCUGAGUCGGCGAGAAAAAGAUACGGAGAGUAUGUGAGAGGUGUUUUGUAUGAUAUCAAAGAUGGCGUGUUUUUGAUGAGUACUAAAAGAACGUCCGGGUUGAAAGAAGCUGAAGAGGGUGUGAAUUUAUCUGUUCCAUUUGACAUCUCGGAUGUGGAGGAUGAGUCUAGUAGCACUGUGGAGGAGGACGAGGGGAGUGUGAGCAAAUCCUUGAAUGCAGAAAGGAAAAGAAGUAAGGCUGUAACGGAAGAGGACAUCCUAAUGGACAUUAGGGCACACCCUGGGGAAGCCAUGCCUGUGAUAAAGUACAUACAGUAUAAGAUAGAGAUAGGAGAGGAGGGGGGACCUGGAAAGGUGUUCUACGAGUUUCUUCCUAAGAUUGAGGGAGAAGAAAAAGACAAACUUUGCAUUUCAUUUGUGAAUUACCUUAUGUUUGUCAAGGACACUGAGUGUCUAAAAACAAUAAGAAGGCUGGCAAAGAUAUGCUCGCCGAGGUUUCUAGAUGUUGUUGCGUCGAACACUGACGACAUCCAAGUCCUUAAGUUCUAUUUUGAAAAGACUAAUACAAAGAAGUCGUUCAGAAUGUACCUGGAUGUUCUGUUCAAGGCAGACAAAGAAGAGGCGAUGCGUCUUGUCGAGAAACACAAGGAAUUCCUUUCUAUAUCGAUUGGAAUGAUAUACAAGUACUGCGAUAGUCCAAGGGCAUGGGUAGAGAAGCUCUUGGUUGACAAGAAAGAUGUGUGGAUUUCAUACAUCAGAAAUGAAAAGGGAGCAUAUCUCCGAAGUCUUUACAGAAGAGUUGUUGACAAGAAGUGGAAGGUGAGCGAUAUGAAAGAGUUUUACAAGAUGUGGCUGGAGUAUGAGAAAGAAAACAACGGAAAUGUUGAAGAGGUGAAGUUGAGAGCCAAGGAGUAUGUCGAGAGUGUCAAGAACAAAUCCCAUCCAUAG